AUGCUCAAGUUUUUAACGCACAAACUGAGGACUCACUCGAUCAACGAGGAUCCUAAUCAUGAAAAGGUGGAUGAUGACCAUGACUCAGGAACCGAAUCUGAUGAUGAGUUCCAGGACGGCAUUGAUGAAUCAAUCGAGCCUUCGAGUCCUAUGGCAAGUCCCUCAAGCCCCGGACUAACAGACUCAGCAGUCCCAUCGGAUACAGACUUCUGCCCUAAUUUAUCGGCCUUCGCAUUUGGAACUUCCGCUUCUGGAGAACAACAAGCCGAAGGGAGAACUUCUUUGUCCGACAACAACUUGCACUUGAGUUACAACGACCACCACAGUUCCGAGGAGGAGCUAGAGGUUAUAAACAGUCCGAAAGUGGUCGCGUCUCAGGGCCUAAGGCCCGCUACUGCCCCAGAGAAAAGAAAGUGGUCCCAAAUUAGCAAUUCUAACAAUUUGCAGUCGCACUGCACGCAGUCGCAGGCGAUUCCUGGCUCUGGAAGGCCUGGGCCAACUCCGGGGCCUAGUAGUGACACUGAUGUAGCAGCCAGCUGUUCUGCUCCUGUUAGCAGGGCUGGAAAGGAACCUGGUUCGGGUUCCAGCGAUGAAGAGGUCCAAGGUCUUCUGGGAGCCAACGUAAUCUCUCAACCGGUCCAGUUCCGAAGUUCGCCACCAGUUGACGCUCACAAACCUGGACGGUCCCAGUCCCCACCGCCUAAACUUUUCCACGCUGCUAAAGCGCCACCUAGGCCCAGGUCCAGGCCCAGGCAUCAUCAUCUCUAUCACCACCAUCACCAUCAUCAUCAUUAUCAGCACCAGCAUCAGCAUCAUCAUUAUCAACAGCAGUACAGUGUAGAUAUGGACGUGGGUGAACUGAGUGCGUGUAGUCCCAGAAAGAGACAUAGACCGCCUCAUAGGCAACCAAGGCCUUGUUUAGAUUUUGAGAAAAUGCAGCAGGUA